CAUUUUCCAUUUCUCCUUUCACAGCUUCGUGAAAAUCGCCGAGUAGAUGACACACUGCGAAUCGGUCGUUUAAUCUUGAGGUUAUAGACAGAUGGCAGUAUAGAGAGUGAAUAAAUAAAAGCAUCGUAGAAAAUUAUGAAGGAAUCGAGCGAGUUUAUAUUAGUAACUCAUCGUCGACGAAAAUCGGGAAAAAGUUUAUGUAAACCACAAUUUGCCACAGAACUGAGGAAAGAUACUGAGGAAAAUUCUCAAAAGUUCGACUACGAGUUAUAUAAUCGCAUCAUAAAGAAGAUACACAAGGUAAUAAUGCCAAGUAUGAGCGACGCGAAAUACACAAACCAUGUUAUUGAAGUUCUAGAUGACUGUUUAACCAACCUACAUUAUAACGGUAUAUCUGAGAUUAUCUGUUAUGGAUUAGGAAAUUUAUCGGAAAAUAAACAGGCAAGAUAUCAAUUGGGAUUGUUGCUGUGUCUGCGGAAAUAUUACGACGACACUCCUGUGUAUGUGUACGAUCCAGUGUUUAGCUCCGAGGAGAAAAAAAUUCUUCAAUACUUCGGUCUACAAAUUAUAAACAGAAACGAGGAAGGCAAGCGUGUUCUGAAACAUAAGACCACUCUUAUGUAUAUGCCUCACUGCUCACAUCAUCUCACCAAUAAUUUUCUAUACACAAACUGGGGCAAUCAAUUAAAACAUUGUAUUCUAUUAUCUAACAGUUUCGGAGACAUUGUAUGCGAUUACAGAGAAACACCUAGAUUAAGAAAAUUCCUACCGGAAAUACGUUAUCUACACGACAUUGCACCUUAUGUUACAGAAAUUAAGUUAAAAAACUUGUUUGAAUACGACUCUGCAUUCAGUAGUCAGAGUGUUCAUUUCUUUACCAAAAAAAAAUUGCGUAGAGUUCCAAUAGAUUUCUGGAAAAAUAGAGAAGAGCCGCAGUAUUUAAAAACAUAUGAAAACCUGUGUCCUGACUGUAGUGACUGUAUUCAAGAAGAAAAAUUAAAAAAAAAGAAAACAAAGAAAAAGAAAAACGCUAUUAAAAAUGAACAAUAAUAUUAAAAUUGUCCGUUCACUUGUGAAACAACUUCGCCGAAUCUCACAGAAUAAGAGUACAAAAGAGAAUGUAAUGUUACGGUAUAUUA